AUGUAUAAUUCGCAGAUUUCCUUCACUCUAGACACAAUCUGCCCUUGGACGUACAUUGCCAAAAAGCGCCUCGACCUCGCGCUCACCCGGCUCUCACCCGAGGUCACCUCGAAGGUUUCGUUCAGUGUUCGCUUCCUGCCCUACCAACUGUACCCUUCAUUCGGCCCCGCGCAGGAAAAAUACGCCUGGCAGCGAGACCGCAAGUACGAUGGCUCAAAGGACAAGAUGGACAUGUUUGUCGAGUUCAUGAGCACUCUCGGCGAGGCGAGCGGGAUCAAGUUCAGCUUCGGCGGCGACAUUGCCGACACGCUCCAGGCGCAUCGCGUCAUCCAGUACUUCCAAGAGGAGGCGGGUGCGGAGACGGCGAACAGGCUCGUCGCCGCGCUCUACCGUAUGUACUUUGAGGAGGAGCAGAGCCCCAGCUCCUCCGAGACCCUGGUGGCAGCGUGCCUGGAGGCUGGCAUAGAGGAAGAGAAAGCGAAGGCUGUGGUGGACGAUGAGAGCGAGGGUAGGAUUGAAGUAAAAACCGCCUUGAGGGAGUCCGUGACGAACGGCAUUGAUUCAGUGCCACAUAUUGUAUUUGAGGGGAGAAGGAGGGAUCUUACGCUUGUGGGGGCGAAGGAGGUUCACGAGUACGUCAGGGCGAUGGAGACCAUUGCUAAAGAAUGUUCAUAA